ACCCGGGCCCUCAGAUCCCGCUCCCCCUCCUCCUCCUCCUCCUCCUCCUCCUCCUCCUCCCUCUCCCCCGCCUCCCUCCCGCUUUUUAAACCCCUGGAAAAGCCAUGAAUUUUGAAUUUGAGAGGGAGAUCGGGUUUAUAAAUAGCCAGCCUUCGCUCGCUGAGUGCCUGACGUCUCUGCCCGCUGUCCUGGAGACAUUUCAAACUUCAUCAAUCAAGGACUCGACGUUAAUUCCUCCUCCUUUCGAGCAAAGCCUCCUCCAAAGCCUGAAUCCCUGUUGCGGCAGCCGGGAGAGACCGAGGAGCCAGAAAAGAGAAUCCCAUGGCUCGCUCCAGCCGCGGCCCCCGGCAGCGGAAUUCCCUUGGAUGAAGGAGAAGAAAUCGGCCAAGAAACCCACCCAGGCCCCCGGCUCCUCUUCGUCCCCGCCGUCAUCAUCCUCGCUGCCGCUGCCCUCCGCAGGAUCCCCCGCAGAGCCGCCGGGGCCGGCGGACGGCGGCGGCGGCUCCAGGAGGCUCCGCACCGCUUACACCAACGCGCAGCUGCUGGAGCUGGAGAAGGAAUUCCACUUCAACAAAUACCUGUGCCGGCCGCGGCGCGUGGAGAUCGCGGCGCUGCUGGACCUGACGGAGCGGCAGGUGAAGGUGUGGUUCCAGAACCGCCGCAUGAAGCACAAGCGGCAGACGCAGCACAAGGAGCCCGCGGACGGGGAGCUGCCGCUGCCCGGCGCGGAGGAGGGGAGCGACCCCGAGGGCAGCCCCGGCCUGGGGACAGCGGGGACAAAUCCAGGGCUGGGGACAGAGGGGACAAUUCCCGGGCUGGGGACAAUUCCCAGCCUGGGAACAGCCCGGGAACCCCGAGGGACAGCGGGGACAAAUCCCGGCCCGGGGACAGCUCGGGAAUCCCAAGGGACAGAGGGGACAAUUCCUGGCCUGGGGACAGCCCCGGAGCCCCGAGGGACAGCGGGGAGAAUUCCCAGCCUGGGGACAUCUCAGGAACCCCGAGGGACAGAGGGGACAAUUCCUGGCCUGGGGACAGCUCGGGAAUCCCAAGGGACAGCGGGGACCAUUCCCGGCCUGGGGACAGCGGGGACAAUUCCCGGCCCGGGGACAGCCGGGAGCAGCGCGGGGCAGCCCCGGGUCGCCACGGGCUCGGGCCGCGGGUCCCCGGCGCUGCCGGAGCUGGGGCUGCUGCCGUGCCUGGAGCUGCCCCAGGGGUUUUCCCCCGGCUCCCUGCAGAGCCCCCUGCGCCUCUCCGAGGAGGAGCUGGAGCUCUUCACCAGCGCGCUCUGCACCAUCGACCUGCAGCACCUGGGCUUCCAGUAGCGGGCUCCUCCCGCUCCCAGCCCGGCCCGGCCGCUGCCAGCGCCCCAAAAGCCGCCCUAAAGCAAAGGAGAGCCCCAAAAUCGGCCCUAAAAGAACGGGAAACCUCUGAAAUCUGCCCUAAAACAAGGGCUCCCAACCCAAAAUCUGCCCGGAAAGAGGGGGACUCACCCCAAAAUCUGCCAUAAAGGAAGGAGGAACCCCCAAAAUCUGCCCUGAAUUAAGGGGACUCCCCCCCCCCCGCCUUCCAUCCCAGCCAGAGGUUUAGGGCCGCCAGCCCCAGCCCGGCCACUGCCAGCGCCCCAAAAUCGGCCCUAAAAGCAGGGAAAACCCCCAAAAUCUGCCCCGAGAGAAGGGGAACCCCCAAAUCAUCCUGGAGCCAUUUCCCGUUCAGUCUCCUCCUCCCACUUCCGUUUCAAAGCUCUCCCGAUUUUUAUCCCAGAAUGUGAAGGAGCGGCCCCAGUUCUGCUGAAUCGCAGGAGUUUAUUGAGUUUUAUUUAUUUUUUCCCCCCCCCAUUAUUUAUUUCCGGUGGUUCUCACGCACGGCGGGGAUGUCAGCCCCCGAGAGAGGGAAAAAAAAAAUUUAAAAAUUUUGUAAUUCCCUCCCCAGCGACUUUCUCAGGAAUCAGAACGAGACUUUUAGAUUUUGUAAUAAAAUUCAGUUAAAAUAAUAAUAAUUAAAAAAAAUCAGAGGAAAUUUCCUUCCUCUUUUUACCUUUUAGACGUAGAUUAUUUAUUCAAAUCCUUUCAUAGCAAAGG